GACGGACCGCAGUGAUUGGAGAUCCCACAAAGCUGCCAGCGUCUCAAUAUCGUCUCUUCUAACACCUCCCAUCUCCCCUCCCCAUCCUAAAAUGCGCACCGUCUCAGUAUAACACUCCAUUGCCUCGAUUUGACACCCCAUCUCCCAGCAAUGGAGACCAUUGACCCCGCAACUGGCCAGCCCCUCCCCAACGACGCCAUCCAGCGGAUCCUCUUCAUCGCCAACUCCGUGCACGUCUACAACAUCCCCCCUCUCACUAGCACCAGAGGUUAUGUAGCCGCUGCCUGGACCGCCGACAACAGCAAGCGCCAGAUCUUCACCGCACGCAUACGAAUUCUCGAAACCGCUAUCCCAAACCCCUCCUCAACUGGCGAGACCAUAAAAACAGAUAUUCUCUUGGAGGACCCAAAGAAUGGACAGCUGUUUGCGGCCGCGCCGUACACGGCGAGUUCAGUGGUUGAACAGGUGCUGGAUUCGAGUCGGUUCUUUGCCGUGAGGGUGCAAGGAGAGGGGGGGAGGAAGGCGGUCUUGGGUAUCGGGUUUGAGGAGCGGAGUGAGGCGUUUGAUUUUAGUGUUGCGCUGCAGGAGGUUAGGAAGACGUUGGGGAUUGAGGAUAAUGGGAAGGCGGGAGGGAAGAAGGUGCUGAAGGAGGACAAGCUACCGGAAAUGAAGGACUUUAGUUUGAAGGAAGGCGAGACGAUUACGGUUAAUAUUGGAGGAAGAGGGAUGGGGAGAAGACAUCCACCAAAGGAGGACGAUCAAAGUAGUAAAGGAUUGAGCGGUUUCUCGUUACCGCCUCCGCCUGGAGGAGGAGGUUUGGGAUCUUUCUUGCCCCCACCGCCGAGUGCACAAGAGAUUAAGACGCAGAAAAGAUUAAGCCAGACGUUUGAACCGCCGCGGCCGGGAUCGAUAGAAGAUAUGGGAUUUGAUGACGGCGAAUUUGGGGAGUUUCAAUAGCGAAAAGUAAUAUUUUAUUGACCCAAUCUUUGAUUUCCCUGGCCAUAGCUUCACUGUACAACAUCUGAAUGUGCCAACACCGGGAAAGGAUGGUGUAAAUGCAGAUCAAACUCGAUUCCUUCCUGUACUUCACCCAAAAUUCCCUCUUCCCGCUGGCCCUUUCUUGACCUAGGAACCAGGCUCCUGAUUUCUAUUCUUGGAAAGUUUAUGAAUGCCCACGUCUUUUUUCUCCGGCAUGAGCUCCGAAAUGUUCAUGCCCGAUGUCAGGAGAACGGCGAGGCUGGGAAGACUAAGCCGCUUGACUUGGGGCCCAGAAGCGGCAGUGGUGUUGGUUGAGAGGACUUCCAGCUGCUCAGCGGUGUCGUUCAAAGAC